AUUGUCUCAUCCUAGCUGGGAAGUUAAUGAAAGACUUCAAGAAUAGGAUGACAAAAGACAUCAUAAUGCCCGCGUUGAAAGAGAAUGAUCUGGGACGACUGGCACAAGUCCCUGAAAAGCACCCGGAGAUCGACGCUGCUGAUUGGUGCAAAUUUGUUGAAAGUAGACUAACUCCUGAAUUUCUGGAAUUGAGUAAGGUGCAACGUGAACGUUCCUCAAAAAUUCAAUCCAGACAUCGAAGUGGUCGGAGUGGGAUGGUGAACGUACGGGAAGCUGUGAAAAAGGACCUCGAAGUUGCAGAUCCUCCCCGCCACCGUGUUUGGAUUAAAUCUCGCACCAAGAGUAGAAAACUUGUCACUGAUUACGACAAGGAAAUUGCCGAGAAGAUAGCUCAAUUAGAGGAGAAGCUUAGUCAGGGACAACUUCAGGUUCCUGACCAGGGCAUCUCAACUGCUUCCUAA